GACAAAGGAUCGAGUUUCCUGCUCCAUUCCGAAAAGGUUAAAAACCGAAGUCUUUAACACUUUCCAUAUCCUCUCCCCUUCCCUCCAAGAAAAAUGCCUAAAUUUGGCUUUACCCCACCACAUGAUCAACUGCACCGACACCACCACCACCUUCUCCUCCUCCUCCUUUCCCUCCUUCUCUCCGCCACCAAUGCUUCCCCUGCCUCCGCUACUACCACUAAUUAUCAAAGAUUCAAAGAAGCUCCACAAUUUUACAACUCCCCCGCCUGCCCUUCCUUGGACACCAACGAAAUGUGCUCCGACCAAGCUGUCCACGUUGCAAUGACCCUAGACGUUGUCUACAUUCGUGGCUCAAUGGCGGCCAUUCUCUCCGUCCUCCAGCACUCUUCUUGCCCUCAAAACAUCCUCUUCCACUUCAUCGCCUCCGCCACCGCCGACCGUCACCACCUCCGCCACACAAUCUUCCGCUCUUUCCCUUCCCUCAAAUUCCAAAUCUACCCAUACGACUCCUCCGCGGUGUUGGGCCUCAUUUCCACCUCCAUCCGCUCAGCACUGGACUGCCCUCUCAACUACGCCCGCAAUUACCUCGCCAACCUCCUCCCCCCAUGUCUCACCCGAGUCGUUUACUUAGACUCAGACCUCAUCCUCGUCGACGACAUCGCUAAACUCUCCGCGACACCGCUCGGAGACAGCACUGUUUUAGCUGCACCGGAGUACUGUAACGCCAACUUCACUUCCUACUUCACCCCAACUUUCUGGUCAAACCCGACAUUAUCUUUAACAUUUGCCGGGCGCAAAGCGUGUUAUUUCAACACGGGUGUAAUGAUCAUAGAUUUACAAAGAUGGCGACAAGGAGACUACACCACAAAGAUUAUAGAAUGGAUGGAGCUCCAGAAGAGGAUGAGGAUCUACGAGUUAGGGUCCUUGCCACCGUUUUUGCUCGUGUUUGCAGGGAACAUAGCACCCGUUGAUCAUCGAUGGAACCAACACGGGCUGGGAGGAGAUAACUAUAGAGGAUUGUGCAGAAACUUGCAUCGCGGUCCGGUCAGUUUGCUGCAUUGGAGCGGGAAAGGGAAGCCAUGGGUGAGACUAGAUGCUAACAGACCUUGCCCUUUGGAUGCGCUAUGGGCUCCCUAUGAUCUUCUGCAAACACCCUUGGCUUUGGAGUCUUAGAAUUUUGGUACAACAUUUCAUAUCUGGGCUUAGGUUUUUAGUUCUAUGAUACCAUUGAACAUCAAAAAACAGAGAUUUGAGUGUAAAAUUUAGAUCUUUCUCUAUUGAAGAUGGUGAGAUGCUCAUAGAUAAUACAACAGAGACAU